AUGUUAGAUGAUGAAGAAAUGAUCGAUGAUGGUGAAGAAGAAGAAGAAGACGGCGAUGACGAAGAAGAAUAUCAUCAUCAUCAUCAUCAAACAAUUGAACCAAUAAUUGAUGUUUUACAAAUAGACAACGAAUUAUCAUCAACACAAUAUCGUUUUAAAAAAAAUGAAAUUAUGCUUUGUUAUCAUGGUUUACUUUUAUAUGAAGUUAAAUGUGUUGACCAUAAAAUGAAAGAAAACGAUAGUGGAAAUUUUCACCGACCCUCUUAUUUAGUACAUUAUUGUGGUUGGAGUUCGAAAUGGGACGAGUGGGUUGAUGAAGUACGUCUUGUUAAAAUGGAUGAGCAUGGUAUAAAACAACAAGCACAAUUACUUCUUCAACAUGGUAAAGGUAAAGCUAGAUUGAAAAAUUUACGAAAAAAUAGUCAUAAUGCAAGUCCAUUAAAACGAACAGCAAGUCGAUCAAUAUCCGAUUAUUCAACAAGUACAAAUAUGGAUUCAGUUACGAAUGAGCCAACCACAAAUACGACGACGAAUAAUAUCAAUAGCCAUAGUCAUUUUCCUAUAGAAGAAACACCGUCGUUAUCUGGACGCAGUGAUACAGGCAGUAGUAGUAGUAGUAGUACAACAAGUGAAUUAAUAUCGAAUACAGAUUCAACUAUGACAAAUAAUGAUUUAAUUGAACCUGACGCAAAAAAAGUUAAACGAAGUGUGAAUACUACUGGAAAAAUUAUAAAUAAAGAAAAAAAAACUGAACCAAUAGCGACUAUAGUUAAUGAUUUAUCCCCAACAAUCUCAGCGCAACAUGAAACAUGCCAAAAUUUAACACGUCGUUUUUACUCGUAUCAAAUGGAAUGGUUACAAUUUCCAUCUGAACUUGUUGAAUUCUUAAUAAAUGAUCGUGAUCUUAUAAAUAAUCAAAAUUAUCUUCUAUCAAUACCACCGGUAGAUUCGUCAUUAAUUAUUCGUAAUAUAUUUAAUAAUUACUUAGAACAACAAAUUAAUGAAUGUUCAUUAGCUGAAGUACUCGCUAUACGAACAUUAAUAUCAGCAUUAAUCGAUAUGUUUAAUAUAGCACUUGGAAAAUGUUUGCUUUACCGUUUUGAACGUUUGCAAUUACGACAAUUAUUAGAAAAAGAUUCUCAAAUAUCUUUAUGUGAUUAUUAUGGUUCAAUACAUUUGUUGAGAUUUCUAUGGCGUAUUAAAGAUUUACUACGUGAUAUGAGUGCAAAUACGAAUCGAGAUGAAUUUGGUUUAUUAUUAGGACGAAUUCAACAUUUUUUGAAUUAUUUAUAUGAAAAUAAGACAAUAUUAUUUUCCUCUAAUGAAUAUGAUAUUUGUUCAACGGAAUAUUAUCGCUGUUCGCUGCAAUGUUUUCAAUAA